ACAUGCGACAUCCAAAGCCCAACAACACCAAGCCUGUUUGGCAACUCUGCAGUCAAUCGUUGGGCUGCCAAGUGGUGGACGGCGGUGACGGGCACAUGCUCCCUUUCCAUUUCGGUCAAGGGAGCAACGUCUCUUUUCGGCCAGUGCCUCACCAGCGUUGAACGCCAGAGAACACUCAUGAAGACGUCGCCCGCUCGAUAGCGUUGCAUACCGAUCGAAAAUGACCGAGAACGAGCCGCCCGCCGUUGCGAUGCACGAUGAUGGGCGAAAGGGGAGAAGGGACCGCAUCAUGGGGAAGCUGUUCGGCCGCGAUCGCGAACGAAGGGCAACCAACGAAGGCGACCUGAAUGAUUUCCUGCAUGGAAACACCGACAAGCUGCAAGUUGCUCAUGCAAGCCCACCCGUCCUCGCCAAGAUCGACACCAAGACCGCCAGCCGAUAUCCAAAUGCCGACCAGUUCAAGGGGCCUAGUGAGCCCACGACACAGGAGUAUGCCCUGCGGCCACGCAACACGGUCAAGAAACCCAAGAAAGGCCUGGCCGUGAAAUUUGUGGAGACAUACCCGGAGAUCAUCGGCGAUGGCGGCGAUGAGUGUGAUGUUCCCACAGUCGAGGUGUCGAAACGCAAGAAGCAGAGACCCCAACCUACGCCUAGCAGCACUCCGGGCACUGCUCGAAACCCGUUUGGAGACGAGAAUGCAAUGGAUGCACCAGUUGGCCCGGGGUUCCUUCGGCGCACCCAGACAGGCCUCCCGGCAGGUUCGGGCGCCCCAGCAUCCGCCCCGGCCGCAGGAGCCACGGGCAACACUAGUGGCCGUUUUCUAGGCGCCCCGACGACUUCCCAAGACGAGAAGCGAAAGUCGUUCAUUGAGAUACAACAGGCCCAGAUGCGGGAGGCCGAGGGACGGGCCUUUGCCAAUGCUGUAAGAUCAGCCUCGGGAGAUCAGUCGAAGCGCGAGCGGGGGGAUUCUUCGCCUACCUUGACCGAUCGUUGGGAGACAGAGUCGCCCACCACUUCUUCGCCAGACUCAGUACAACCCCCGCAGCUUCAAUCGCCGGGCCAGCCUGUGAAGCCUCCCCCAAUCCCCGCAAAGGCUCAACGGCCGCAGCUACAUCAAAUCCCGCCCUUGCCGUUUGAAUCACGAGAAUCACCUCCAUCCCAGAAUUCUUACACCACGACGAGCCAACAAUCAGAUCCAUCACCCGAGAGACUGAGGAGGACCCAGACACUUGAGAGUAGCCCAAAAACGCUCCAGUCGGCGGUUUCCACUUUCCAGCACCCAUUCGCAUCAUUAAGACAGGGAAGCAGGAUUUCGGAGAAGGAUAUCACGUCUCCCGUUCAGCAACAAGGAAUCGCAUCGUUCCAAGAUGUUGUGGCGGCUGCAUCAGACGACGCUAUGAACGCGUUUGUUAACCGCACACGUCACUUGUUCGAACUUUUCCGUCUCCAUGCCGAGAGCGUGCGGCCGCUGAUCUCUUCCCUACCCCAGGACCUGGCAAGGGCGGCCCUGUGGUGGUUUCUAAAGGGGCGGACAGCACUCGAGGUCGCCAUCCGAGACCGCCCUUCCACCCCUGAAUCACAGAGGAAAAAUGAAAUCACCAAACAGCAGGCUUACGCCGACUUGGCAAAGGCCUACUGGCUUAUGGAAGAAGUUGUGCCCGAGAUAGCCAGCAGCGGGCGAAGUCGAAUUGACAGUGAGACGGAAACUGUCCGGGCCACACUCACCUCCAGCCUAAAGAAACUAGCUGUGUCCAUGAAGAGAAACGGAUUCCUGCCCCCUGAGGAGCCGUUCUUGCCUCAGAUAGUCGACAGGUCAAUCUGGCUCGAGUAUCCCUCACUAUCUCAAGAUAUUAAGUCUCUGCUCUGGGGCUCCAGUUCUGCUCUUUCCCAGAGCCAGGCCACUUCUGGAAUGACGGUACUGGAAUCCCUGCCACUAGGCGAUUCCGCAACCACCUUCUGUUUUGCCCGCUUCCAGGUCGACGUGUACUUGAUGGAGCAAGGAGGCAGGGAAUCACAGCGGCUUUACCUCCCGUGCUUCUUAUCCACCGUCCGACCACAAACACAGUCAGACAUGGCGUUCGUCCUCGCAAGCCAGAACGGGGUGGUGCAGCUUCGGAUCUCCGGCAACAAGAACACCGGCCCGGUCUGGGAAGAUGUGCGGUGGCGGUCCGAGAACUUCAACUUUGAGGUAAAGUUGCCUCGUGGUUUCAUGCUCAUGGUGCAGUGCACUCAGCAGGCAUACACGACAUUGCGGAACAUGUACGAGUUCAGCGCAAAGGUACAUUCCAGCCUUUACCCGAGACAAGACGAAGCCUGCAUUUUCAGGUCGACCCUGCGUGCGUUCCAGUAUUUCGACAACGACCCGCAAGCAAGACAGUUUCCCAAAGAAUCUACGCCCAGUUGUGAAAUCGCCUUGUUCGAGCGUCUCUUUCGUGAGGGGGCAGCAACAGGUCCAAGGACCUAUCACAGAGGAUACCGGAUCGCGGUUGUCACAGGCCCCCGGACCAAGACCCUGAGCGGCGUCAACCAGUCAUACUCCCCCCAAACACCGAUUCAGUUUGGAUUCUUGCGGAGUGAGGCCAAUGACCCUGCGCUCUCCCUCAAGUUCGACAACGGUCGGUUCAAAGGGAACAUGGUCUUGUCGUUUGCGGAUGAGAAGGAAAGGCUGCGUAUGCACAGUCUACUGAUCGGAACUGCCCUGGACCGGGGCGAAAGCGUCUUUGGCGAAGCACCUCUACAGGGACUCUGGUUCUCCGAGAGAUACGGUGAUGCGCGCGAUAAGGGGUUGCAGGCGCUCUCCAGCAUGGCAUGGAACAAGGUCAGGGUCAUCAACUACGACAACGAUGGUGACAAGCCGGCAUGCGUCCUGGCCGACAAACUGCGCGUUGUCUACGAAUUCAAAGACGGCACCUUGACCGACCGCAUCAACGUCGCACCUGGCGAGCUCAAGCUACGGCUCGACGUGCAGAAUCCGACCUGCCUCAUGGUCUUCCGCCAGCCCCAGUGCGACCUCACCCUCGCUGUUACCGAAGCCGCCAAAUCCUCGCAGGACCUGACGAGCGGGCUCUCCCGGGCACUGGAGAGUCUCAAGCAGUCCGCCACGAUCCGCACUUUCAAGUUCCCCAACCUCGGCGCACUGCACGCCUUUGAGACAGCCAUCACAGGCUUCAAAGUCCUCUUUGACGGCGUGGCCUCUGCAUUCGCCAUCUCACGCCGCCGCAUGGUGGUGCCCAUCCACAAGAAGUGGGAGGCGGGUGCGACGAGGAUACAGGUGGUGCAGCAGGACGGUGUGGCCCAGCUGCUGGCAUUCUUUGAGGACUUCAGUCACGGGCAGUGCAUGGGGUUCCAUCUCAAGGGCACUGACGUGUUUGAAGCCUUCAAUAGAGGCGGGAAGGCAGGGCUGAAGAUCGACGAUGCCAAGUUUCCGCUGCCAAAGGUCCUGGCGCCCGAGGCGGACGGCGCGCAGCAGGCGGCGGACGCGGCCUUCUUGUGUCUGGAUCUACCUGAGUUGCCGGGGGAGCAUGACGAUAUUUCCAUACUGUUUGACAACGAGGCGGAGCGCGACAAACUUGUAGCUUGCCUCCCGGCACCGGUCAAGGCCCAGCGGCUACCCAAGAUCAAGGGCAUUACUUGAGGGGUUGCCGACGAUUAGAGGCCCAGGGAGAGGAGCAUGCCAUUUCAGGAGAUGUAUCCUGCGUUGGUAGCAUGAGAUACCCCCUCUGAAAUCUACCAUGUUUUCUUGAAGUUCAUGGUGGUUCGUUUUCUUUUUUCAUGUCACAUCAUGUCAAGCAUGGCUGCGUAGUGGUUUAUGCAUUGCUUGGACGUCGGUUCUCUAUAGCUAAGUACAGGUCAAAACCCCCAAACCCUCAACGCAAGGACAAUUACCAUCCA